AUGUAUAACGUGGCGACAUCGAGUUACAUGUCCAGUACAUGUAGAGUUACAUGUAGGUCAAAAGUUUUGUCGGAACUGCACGAAGGCCACAUGGUUACAGCGAAGACUAAAAGUUUAGCUAGAAGCUAUGUAUGGUGGCCGGGUACAGACGAAGCAGUAGAGAGCACGCGCCGAGCCUGCGUAGUGUGUGCUAGUGACGCGGAUGCGCCAUCCGCACAAGCACCACAAUACUGGCCUUGGUUCGAGAGACGUUGGUUGCGACAUCACGUGAAUUUCUUUAGACCUAUCGCAGAUAUCUCAUAUUUGGUGGCUGUGGAUGCCUGCUCGAAAUGGAUACAGGCAAUAAGAGCGAAGACUAUCACGAGUUCGUUCUCAAUUGAUGCAAUCGCAGUCGCAGGGCUCUCGGAUGAAGGUCCAGGAGGGAAGGUCAGGGAUACCCCUCCCCCUAUUGAGCUUAAAUCGUUUAAUAGCCAGGUUGAGCUUUGGCCAAGCUUCUACGAGUGUUUCAAGAUUAAUGUACAUGAUAAUGAAGGUCUAUCUGAUUCACAGAAAUUACAUUAUCUGUUGGGUAAAUUGUCAGGUCCUGCUUUAAAACUGACGGCCGGUAUUGUACCAGCCGGAGAGAACUACGCUAGUAUUUGGCAAAGUUUAGUUAAUAAGUACCAAGACAAACGAGCAUUAGGAUCUCAUUACAUGUCUAUUUUAAUGAAUAUAAAACCUGCUAUUAAUAAUGCUGCUUCGCUUGACACGUUUAUUGAAUCGUUUAGCGCCGCGGUGUCGGCCUUAGAACAGCUAAAAAUUACCGAUCUUAAAGAUUUCAUGCUAUUAACUAUUGCUUUACGAAAAAUAGACUCAGUAACCGCACAGGCAUUUGAAAUGGCAAUUAGAGAUAAGGAAAUCCCUUCUUAUUCGGAAUUUGUCGAAUUUAUUAAAGGUCAAGUAAAGAUAUUAGAUCGUACUAGUAACCGCCCUACGGUUAUACCUACCGUAGCCAGCCCGCGUCAUAACAAUACAGUCCACUACUCUAAAACUUUGCUAUCACGUGAUAAUAUCGAAUCUUGUUCAAUGUGCAACAAUGGUGAUCAUUUGCAAUUAUACCAAUGUACAACCUUCAAAUCGCUUCCGGUCGAACAACGUUUUGAGUUUAUCAAAAAUAAACGUGCAUGUAUAAAUUGUUUGAGUAUGUCACAUACUGUGUCGCGUUGUAAUUCUUCGCAUUACUGUAAAAUGUGUAACAAACAACAUCAUACACUAUUACAUAAAACUAGUCUGAGCAAUAAAUUAAAUAAUCGAAAACAACCCUUUACGCCGCCGUCCUGCUCGCACGCAUUACUUGCAGCGCCGUCGGUUAGCACAGCUGAGGUUCCCGCUCAUACUUUGUGUAAUUGCCCCGCGCACCCGCCGCUAGCGGUAACCCCGCCAAUCGCGCAGCUCCCGCCGCCGACUCAGCUGACUCCGUGCGUUAAUAACCAAGUUUCAUUGUGUGCCCGCGCGCAUGUUAUUAAUAACAACAAUACAAUAUUGCUUAGCACGGCACAGAUAAACGUUUUAAAUGAUUGUAAACAGAAGUUAAAUGUUAGAUGUCUUAUUGAUAACGCGUCACAAAACCAUAUCGUGACAACCGCUUGUUGUAAACGCCUUAAUUUAAAACCAAUUCCACUUAAUGUACAUACAUCUAUUAAAGGUAUAGGAUCCGCAUCGCAGACCGUUCGCGGUUGGGUUCCGCUGUGUGUUUCUUCUAAAAAUAACUUGUAUAAUUACACUAUUGAUGCGCUUGUCGUCGACGUCAUAACGGAGAAUAUGCCUUCCGUCAUGAUCGAUGCAACGAUUAUUAGUAGUUUAUUAAAUAUACCGCUUGCUGAUCCACUAUGGCAUACGCCUGGACAGAUUGAACUCGUACUUGGGGCUCAAUUGUUCCCAUAUUUAUUAUUAGGUGGUAAAAUUAUUGCACCUCCCGCACCGGCCGCUAUUGAAACCGUAUUCGGAUAUAUUCUUAUAGGGGAAGUCGCCUCAACCGCUGACUCCGAUACGGCACCCGCCUCUUCAACAUUUCUCAUAUGUUCGGAACAGGAAACACAAAAUGAUAAUUUAGAUAAAACAUUAUGUAAAUUUUGGGAACUGGAAGAAGUUCCUUCAAAAAGGUUUAUGAGUCCGGAGGAGACUGAAUGCGAGCAAAUAUACUGUGACACAAUUUCACGUGAUUCUACGGGUAAAUAUUGUACCUCACUGCCAUUUUCUAAGGAUCCCUCCAUAUUGGGUGAUUCCCGUUCUGUAGCUACUCGUCGCUUACUCUCUUUAGAACGUAAAUUGAAAGAUCCUGUUCUUCGUGCUAGUUACAAUGAGAUCAUACAAGAAUAUCUUAUCAACGAUUACCUAUCGGAAGUUCUGCCCACUAGUAACGAAUAUGGUAAAGGGUAUUACAUACCUCAUCACCCCGUCAUUAGGAAUGAUAAAGAGACGACAAAAUUACGCAUAGUCCUUGACGCAAGCGCCAAGUGUCAUAAUGACAUAUCUCUAAAUGAUAUAUUACAUACGGGACCCAACUUACAAGCCGAUAUAUUAAUUCUUUUAUUGAACUUUCGCUUAUUUCCUAUUGCACUAACCGCCGACAUAAAACAAAUGUAUCUAAGAAUCGAAGUUCGUAAGGAACAUAGAAAAUAUCAAAAGAUAUUGUACCGUUUUAAUUCUACAGAGCCUAUUCGUGAGUUUCAGUUUAAUCGUGUCGCGUUCGGGCUGCGAUGCAGUCCAUACCUAGCCAUGCGUACUGUUAGGCAGUUGGCAGAAGAUGAGAGGACCGGGUACCCGCGUGCAGCUGAUGUAGCGACUAAUGAACUGUAUAUGGACGAUUUGGCUACCUCCGUCUCGACAUUUAAGGAAGGAGUGGUUUUGUCACGCGAACUCAUUGCAUUAUUUAAGGAGGGCGGCUUUCAUUUGACUAAAUGGGCGAGUAACUCUGUGGAUCUUUUAUCUGCUGUUCCUGAAUCUAACCGAACCGCUAUUAAUUUUUCGAAUAAUGAUAGUAUAAAAAUACUCGGAUUGAAAUGGCUUCCCUCUGAGGAUGUGUUUACUUUUUCAACAUGCUCUAUAGACGAGAAAUGUACUAAACGUACUAUCCUCUCGGCUAUUGCCCGUCUAUGGGAUGUUUUAGGAUUCGCUGCACCAGUAAUUCUUUUUGCUAAACUUUUAAUACAAGAAUUGUGGAUCCAACACAUUGGUUGGGAUGAUGCUCCACCAAUGGAUAUACAAACAAAUUUUCAUAAUUUUAUACAACAAUUAAAACAUCUCUCUUCGUUGAAGAUACCUAGACACGUUAAUGUGGAAGUUGGUUGUACUACCAACAUAGUUGCAUUUUCCGAUGCCAGCAUGAAGGCGUAUGGAUGCGUAGUGUACCUACACGUCACGGAUCCGAUAGGUAAAGUGCAUGUCGCUUUAGUAUGUGCAAAAUCUAAAGUCGCACCUACAAAAACGGUAACUCUUGCUAGACUGGAAUUAUGUGCUGCUGUUUUAAUGUCAAAACUUGUAAAGCUGGUCUUAGACACGUAUAAUUCCCGCAUUAAUAUUAAUAAAAUCUUUGCAUUUUCCGAUUCACAAAUCGCCCUUUCAUGGAUCCAUUCUUCACCACAUAGGUGGAACGUUUUUGUAAGUAACCGCGUAGCAAAGUGUCAAGAAAAUCUUGCCUCUUCGCAUUUUUAUUACGUAAACACGACAGAUAAUCCUAGUGACUGUCUGUCUAGAGGUUUAUUACCUGACCAGUUGAUAUCGCAUCCUUUAUGGUGGCACGGUCCCGUCUGGUUACAGCGCCCUCUGGCCGAAUGGCCAAUAUCUCCAUUUAAACCAGUGAAUUCCAGAAGUGUAAUUAAACAAAGAGUCCACUCCUGUAACAAGUGUUUUAAAGCUUCUCCAUCAAGCAAGGCGCCAAAAAUGGCGGACUUGCCUCCGUACCGCGUGCGUGAAACGAAAGCCUUUGUGCACACCGGCGUGGAUUACGCUGGACCUAUAAAAAUAACGUUACGCAGACACCGUGGUCAAAAGUCACAAAAGGCUUACAUUUGCCUAUUUAUUUGCCUUGUAACAAAAGCCGUGCAUAUCGAGUUAGCCACAGACCUUUCAUCUGAUAUAUUCAUUUCUGCCUUUAAACGCUUUAUAUCACGGCGUGGACCGGUCUCAUGUCUUUAUUCUGAUAAUGGAACAAAUUUCGUUGGUGCAAAAGCUCAACUCCAUGAUCUUAUGCUUAAUAACCGUAUUGAAUGGCAUAUGAUCCCGCCCCGCGCCCCUCACUUCGGGGGGCUUGGGAAUCAAAUAUUCGAAGUAUAA